AGUGACAGUGUUGAAAAUUAAAAACAAGAACUUGGGAAAACAAAAAAUGUUCAAUUAAUUUCAAUUUAUUGAAUAAUAAAGAUUGAUCAGUGAGGAGUUUAGCGGAAGAGCUCAGCAUUCUGUUUCAGUUGUUUCACAUUUCCUAUUCAUCAACAUGGCACGUCAGCAAGAAAUAGAUGAGCUCUUUGAAGUAAAGAACUAUUUCUACAUAGGAAACUACCAACAAUGCAUCAACGAAGCCCAGAAAUUGAGAAAGCCUUCAAGUGCAGAAAUAGCAAUUCAAAGAGACAUCUUCACAUACCGAUCUUACAUAGCACAAAACAAGUUUCUAGUUGUGCUAGAAGAAAUACAUGGAGCUUCUCCCUCAGAAAUCCAACCCCUGAAGUACUUGGCUGAAUAUCUAUCAGGCAAAACCAACAAAGAAACAGUUCUAGCUCAAGUAGAUCAACAAAUAAAAGCCAAUGCUGAUAGCCAAACCUUGAUAUUAGUUGCUGCUACUAUUUAUGUGAAUGAGAACAAUUUAGAGGCUGCAUACAGAGUGCUGCAUGCUAAUGAAAGCUUGGAAGCUAUGGCCUUCAUUAUUGAUAUUUUGCUGAAGUUGGAUAGGGUGGAUUUGGCAAGGAAGAAGUUGAAAGAUAUGCAGGAUAAAGAUGAUGAUGCUACGCUCACUCAACUGGCUCAGGCAUGGAUCAAUAUUGCAACUGGUGGGGAUAAGUUGCAAGACGCCUACUAUAUCUACCAAGAAUUAGUUGACAAAUACGGGUCGACGCCUUUGCUUUUGAACGGCCAAGCUGUGACUUUUAUCGGCCAGGCCAAGUACGAAGAGGCCGAGGCCGCUUUGCAAGAAGCCAUCGAUAAAGACGCCAAUCAUCCGGAUACUUUGGUUAAUAUGAUUGUGUUGCAGAGGCAAACAGGGAAAGCACCAGAGAUCGCCAACCGAUAUCUAUCACAAUUGAAGGACGCUCAUCCUGAUCACGUGUACAUCAAGGACCUGAAAAGCAAAGAAAACGAUUUUUCGAAAAUAUGUCAACAGUAUGCGCCGUCUAAUCCGGUCAUUCCAGCAUGAAUUAAACAAAUAGUCAACUUUUUUUUAUCGAUAAUAGAAAUUUAUCAGAUAUUUAUUGAGUUAUUACAAAUAAACUACUCACGGUUUUUCUGCGAUUGUCACUGAAUGAUCUAUCUA